AUGUACCAAGCACGUAGUCAACGAAAGACGCUCAUGAGUCCGGCCGGUGCUGAUUGGAAAAGUCUGCUGACUCUAAGUUUGAAGCAGUCACUGAAAAUCGAUACGGUAGCCAGCGAAGUAGCGUCCAAGUUGAACACGGCGAAGGGCUUCGUCCAGCAACAACAUCACAACAUCACCGCAUCGAGACCGGUCAAGACGGUGAAGGACAAAAUCGGCCAACUGGUUCCUCAAAGUCUAAGCAUCGGGAACUAUUUCCGUAACUACAAUUUUUACUUAUUUCACGCCAACAGUGAGGUCAGGCCCGCUGUCGAUGCCACUCACGACCCCCACACGUUCGUGCUUCUUCUGUGCUCUCUACUGAAAAGCGAGAUUGUUGAGGGGGAACGGCAGUUUCGAGGUAUCUCCAAAGAUCGACAAGCAGAAGUGGCAAGCUGA